AUGUUGACCAACUCCUCCCUGUUGGCCAACUGCUCUGCCAACGCCUCUUCUACCAACAGCUCUAGUCCUCCGUGCCCUGACUAUAGGGCUACCCAUCGCCUGCACAUGGUGGUCUACAGCUUGGUGCUGGCGGCCGGGCUCCCCCUUAAUGCGCUGGCCCUCUGGAUCUUCUUGCGUGUUCUGCGCGUACACUCGGUGGUGAGUGUGUACAUGUGCAAUCUGGCAGCCAGCGACUUGCUUUUCACCCUSUCACUGCCCGUGCGCAUCUCCUACUACGCACUGCACUACUGGCCCUUCCCCGACCUCCUGUGCCAGACGUCGGGCGCUAUCUUCCAGAUGAACAUGUAUGGCAGCUGCAUCUUCUUGAUGCUCAUCAACUUGGACCGCUAUGCCGCCAUUGUGCACCCCCUGCGUCUACGUCAUAUGCGACGGUCCCGCGUGGCGAGGCGGCUCUGUCUGGGUGUGUGGGCACUCAUCUUGGUGUUUGCUGUGCCCGCCGCCCGCGUGCACACGCCCUCGCCUUGCAGCUACCGGGGCAUCGAGGUGCGCCUGUGCUUCGAAAGCUUCAGCGACGAGCUAUGGAAGGGCCGGCUGCUGCCCCUUGUGCUGCUGGCCGAGGCCCUGGGCUUUCUGUUGCCCCUGGCAGCCGUCCUCUAUUCAUCUGGGCGGGUCUUUUGGACUCUAGCGCGGCCGGACGCCACGCAGAGCCAAAGGAGGCGGAAAACCGUGCGCCUUCUGCUGGCCAACCUCGUCAUCUUCCUGCUGUGCUUCGUGCCCUACAACUCCACUCUGGCUGUCUAUGGGCUGCUGCGGGGCAACCUGCUGGUGGCCAGCCAGGAGGCCCGCGAUCAAGUGCGCGGGGUGUUGAUGGUAAUGGUGCUGCUGGCCGGCGCCAACUGCGUGCUGGACCCGCUGGUGUACUACUUCAGCGCCGAGGGUUUCCGUAACACCCUGCGUGGCCUAGGUACUCCGCUCCAGGUCCGGACCUUGGCCACCAAUGGGGAUAGGGGAGCGAGUGCAGAAAGGUCCUCAGAGGCCAUCCACACCACUGGAGUGGAUGCCACCAGUCAGGAGCUACUCCAGCCACCUAAACCCAGAAUGCCCUUCACCGAGUGUCCUCAGGAUUCCACCCUCUGA